GAUGACUGUGAUCUUCCAGCUGAUGGCUUUCUGCCUGGGUCUCCUCUCCACCCUUCUCCUGGUCAUAGCCACCUGCACCGAUUGCUGGAUGGUUAAUGCUGAUGAUAGCUUGGAGGUCAGCCUCAAAUGCCGGGGGUUGUGGAGGGAAUGUGUCACCAACGUGCAGGAUGGCAUCAGGACUUGUGACCAGUAUGACUCCAUUUUAGCAGGCCAUCCAUUGAAGAUCGUGGUGACGCGCGCACUGCUGAUCGCAGCUGACAUUCUGGCGGGCUUGGCUUUGAUUACGCUGCUGUUGGGUCUGGACUGCAUCAAGUUUCUCAAGGAAGCGCCCCAUAUCAAACUGAAGAUGUGCUACAUGGCUGGGUUAACCCUUGGCCUUGGAAGCGUCCUUGGCAUGGUCGGCUCCGUGUGGUAUGCGGUGGAUGUCUAUGUGGAGAGAGCUACUCUGAUAUUACAUGACGUAUUCCUGGGGAUCCACUACGACUUCGGGUGGUCUUGCUGGCUGGGAAUGGUUGGUUCGACAGGUUGCUUUAUGGCAUCCAUCAUGCUAACCUGCUGCCUUUAUAUCUUCACAGAUGCUAGCCCCUCCAGGAGACCUCAAAGGUCCAUCUACCCCUCUGGAAGAACUGCCACUGGGCGGCUGUACGUGAUAAACUCCCGAGUGUAAUGAAGUAGCUGCACCUCCAAGGAUACCUGCCUCCAGUCCCACUCUCGGCGUCUGCUGCUCUCCCAGAGCGACCAAACCUCCUGAAAUUGCCAGACAGAGCCAGACUGUUCUACGCAGCCUGGAAUCCUUUUCUCUGGAUUUGCUUUUGAAGUGAAGGCAUCAUGUCAGGUUCCAGCUUGUGACAGUGACUCUUUGACCGUGAGCAAUUAAUUUUCCAGAACCUUGAUGUGUUUUUAGGGCAAUUAAUGAACGUUUCUGUCGUGUUCUGUAAGUGUAGCGUAGCUGCAAGGGGCUUUAAGGUACUCCACACAGAGGCUGGCAUCAUGUUGGCAAGACACGGGCCUGUCGAAGAUGGUGUCAUGUUAGCAUGAUCUAGAUGUGCUAGGCUGAGCAUCUGCUUAAUAAAGGUCUGUCACGAGCAGUGUGGAUUCUGAUUGGGGCUCAUGAUGUUUUCUACAUGUAACACAAAUAUUCCAAAGUGUCGGCAGGAAAAGCUGCUUUUGCCCCCUCCUGAGAAGGGGCCUGCUCUGAUCCUGAGCUCACCCCCAUGAGUCAGCAGGGACCGCACUGGUAUCAGUGGAGUAUGUUCAGAAUCAGGUCCCAAAUCUGCAGAUUGCAGCUGGCAGACCCAGGCCCCAAGUGCAAACUGCCCUCCCAGGGGCAAGGGGAGGCUGGGCUAUAAAGCGCUUUGAAUUCUGCGGAUGGAAGGUGCAGUGUAAAUCCCGACUGAUCAUGGAAGGGGCUACGUUCUCCCCAUCGGCAGCAGGGAGGAAAACCAACUGCAAACAGACUUGCUAAGAGGAAAAU